AUGAAGAUUGAGUUAUUCUCUGUGAAAAACGAAGGAGAUGUUGCUGCUGGGAAUCAUGAAGAAGCAGAGAAAUGGGAUGUUUUCGAUGACGGUUCCAGCAAGAAAGAGAUAAGACAAGAGCUUCUGAUGAUUGACAUAAAGUUAGCGAAAGGCGUAGUUCUCCCCAUUGGUAGCUUGUUCCUUGGUUCUCUGUAUACACAUCUGGAUCACCUGGUUGCGGACAUGCGUGUUUCAAACGGUUAUAUGAAAGUGGAAUCGUAUGUUCAUGUUGCCUUCCUUCAAGCGUGGUUGUGGGAGCAUUUUGAGAAAUAUGCUCUGAAGCCGUUGUCUUCACUUCCCGCGAGUUGGGGUGGCUCCAGAAUUCUCCGAUGGGGUUUCGGUAGUGUGAAUGCCUUUACUGCGCUUGCUCGUCGUCAGGAAAUAACACCUCUUCCGAUAAAGGCCGGCAGUGUUGAGCCCUCUAGGAAAGAGUCAGAGAAACAGAAGAGUUUAGAAGACGAAGGUAGCUCUUCUCACAGCAGCACUGGAUCUUCUUCGGGAAGCGGAUCGGAAGGAUCUGAGGAAGGAUAUGAUUCUGGAGACGAUUCUGAGAUAGAGGCUUGUGAAGAUUUUUCUUUAGCUGCAGCGACUGCUAUUGGUGCUUCGAAGAUGGAGGUUGAUCAGACGAAAGGCAUGGAUGCGGCUCGAACAACGGAGAAUGCUAUGACGACUGUCAACGAAAGCGUGGAAGAGAACCCAUUUCCGGCUGUGGGUAUGGUUGCAGGCGCCACUUUCGAUCCCCCGUACUUGGUUCCUUAUCCAGGUCAUGUGCUGGUCGGUGGCUUCAGCGUGCUGGCUAAGUACAAGGUGUUGUACACCAAAAUCUGGGAAAGGUAUGUACAUAUCGCCACAACCAGGAAGAUCACCAGUCGAUUUGCGCUGGUCAAACGUGUGGAGGAAGCUCUGUCUUCGAUCGAGGAUAUGUGUGAAGUGACCGGCCAUACCGUUUCUGAGGAUGUCAUCGUCAGUUGGAAGUAUCAUCGUGAUAUGUGCAUAGAAAAUGAGUUCAACGCUUCGUGGUUCGUCAAGGGCUUUGCUGAGAUCCAGAAAUUGAAAACCGUAGUAGCCGAGAGUCUUUCUACAUAUGAAAUCGCACAACAGGAGGCAUAAGUCGAAGAAUUGUACAAGACGUUGACUCUGAAGAGAUCGUCUCUCGAGGAUGCAAGGGAGGCUUUCUCUAAGAAGAGCAGACCCCUGUUGGAUAAAUUUCCCUGAAUGUUCCUCUGUCUUUUCCAAACUUUCGCUUAGGUUCUCUCUUUUUUUUUUGAAAGGCAAACAAAGUGCCUAUUUUAACGUUUAAUUGAUUUUGAUAGAUGGUUGGUAUUUUA